CGUUGUUGCUCUGGUACUACGGAAUUUGUCAAGCAUUCAUCGAACCAUGUUGGUUACUCUCGCUCUUCUCGCUCUUGUUCCCGCCAUCUACGCCGGCAAGCGUGGUCUCGACUGGACGUGGUACGAUGGCAGUCUGAACCCAGGUUUGUUCAACAACGGUGACGGGAACGUCGUCGCCAUCUACGACUACGAGACUUAUGCACCGCCCUCGACGAACGGGAACGGCGGGCUGGGGUUCGUCGGCAUGCAGCGCUGCUACCCGACGUGUGAUUCCAGUCCCGUGGAUCAGCUCGCAGCCAGGCAGGCAGCGCAGGGCUGGGCGACUGUUUUCACGAUAAACGAAGCGGAUGUCAACGGCGUCACUCCGCAGGAGGCCGCGUCGUGGUACAUCCAAUGGGUGAACCCGCUCGCCAUCAAGAAGGCACUCCCGUCGGUGACCAACAGCGUCCAGGCUGGGCAAGGCCUGUCGUGGGUCUCUGAGAUGAUCUCUGCUUGCGCUGGCCAGUGCUACUUUGACUACAUCAAUCUGCACUGGUACGGCGGCAGCUUCUCCCAGUUCCAGUCGUACGUCGAACAAGCGCACAACCAGUUCCCCAACUACCAACUCGUGAUCACCGAGUUCGCGCUCCAGAACCCACCCGGCGGCCAAUCCGACCAGAUCAACUUCUACCGCCAGGCCUUUCCCUUCCUCGAUGGCGCCUCCUAUGUGCAGCUGUACUUCCCCUUCGUCGCGACUUCCCCGAGCUUGCUGCAAGCGAACGACCCGGGCGCGGUCAGCUUCGUAGGUACCGGCAGCUGCUUGUUCAAUAAUGACGGGAGCAUAAGCGCUGUGGGUCAGUUGCUUUUGUAGUAGUGUCUGGAAAGGCCGGCGAGCAGACCGCACGGGUGAUAUGAAAAAGAAUGAAACAAAGUGUUCUGAA